AUGAAAAAGAACGAUGCUACUUUCGUGGAGAGGUGGAGGGCUUUUGUGGAGUGGCUUGUUGCACUGUUGGCCUGGGCUUACCAAAGCUGUGUUGAACCGUAUGGCUCAAAUGGCAGCCAGGAGAAACAACCCAUGAUGGCAACACCAGGCUGCACACAGCUCAUCGACACGCCUCUGACCUUCUUCGAUGACUAUCGAGUUGUCAGUGGAAUUCCUGUCUGCCUUCUUGAGACGCCUGGGAAUACCAUAAAGCCAGCAGAAAUGGAGAUGGAAGCUCUGAGCACAGCUAGGGAGAGUAAUGUCGACGAUGGAGAGGCUGAUGCAGAGAUGGAGCAAACCACACCAUCUAAGGGCCUUGCAAUAAGCAAAGCAAUUGCUUGGCCCACUGAGAAUGACCCUGCAGCCAUCAUCUGCUCGUCUUUCUCCCGUGAUGGCACAAGGCUUGUGACGGGGUUUAAUUGUGGAGCAUUGGUUGUUUGGGAUACCCAGCUGGGGAGUCUUGUAGCGGUGCUGACAGAUGAAGGCCAUGCUGAGUCGGUUGUCUCUUGCUCUUUCCUGGAAGACUCGAACACCAUCGUUGUGUCAAUCGACAAGGCAUUUAUGACCCUUCGAUGGGAUACUUCGAGCGAUCAGCCACCUGUGAAGAGCGAGGCUGUGAGCGACCAUUGCCAGGCUGGGCACAUCGACAUCGAAGACUCUCAUGCCAAGAUCUCGCCUGGGGGUGUCCUGAUGGGUGUUAUGCUCAACACUCACUGGCAUUUCCAUCUGAUCAGCGAGCAGAAGAGUUUUAACAGCACGAAGCAGGCACAAAAAGCACCGCCUGUCAAGCAAGAGAAUCUACGGACUGCUUUUCUCGACAUUUACACUCUUCCUGAGCGUGACGAGGAUGAGAACUGGCCGGAGAGGCAGCUGAGACUCACUGUGGUCUGGAAACCUGGGCAGCCUAGCGCCCUGCAAGGUGUGGAGUUUUCGGACAGCGGCAGGGGAGUCCUGGCUGGAGUAUAUGGUGAGAAGCGAAGCGUACCUGGCAGCAUGGUUCUUUGGCCAGACUGGGGCGUUCCAAAGAAGAGCUUUCUGCUGAGUGGGUCCAUGGGCAGUUGGUCUCCAGAUGGAACACUGGUUGUCACUUGGGACCCAUUUCUGCAGGCAGAGAAAGGCUCACCAGAAAGGUACACUGGAGGUUGUUUUGUGUGGAAGGUCAGGCAGCUCGAGGCUCAGUUUCAGAUGAUGAAUGAUCAUUACCCUGAAGGACAGAAGGACGGACAGUACCUGGUGGAGCUGUUUCCUGGCCACCCAGAGUGGAGCCCACGGUAUCGACCCAGCAUCAGGGAAGGUGGGAGCUACACCAUGGUCGGCAGCACAGAUGACCAGAAGCGUGUGCUAUGGGCACGUUUCAUUGAUGCAUCAAGGGUGGCAGUUUGCAGGGUUGGCGCUGAUGUUGAGAUGGUGAUUUGGGAUGUUGACAGUGCUGGCACCCCAGGCACAGUGAUGAGCUUGGGACUUGGCCCAAUGUCUGGUGUCAGUCAGUGGGGUGACAAGGUGGCAGAGGGCUUCCAGGGAGUGGCAAUGUCUCCCAACCGGCGCUGGUUGGGGUUGUACAUGGGGACAGCAAACAAGGGGUAUGUUUUGGACCUUGUGCAGGGCCUUAAGGUUGUGGACAUUGCCCUGCCACAGGAUCUGACCGAGCAACGUUUCAUGGCCUUUGGUGGCAGGGACUGUAGGUUUGUUAUGUGUGGAAGGAGGAAUGGGCUGGUGUGGAACGCGGAGACCCUGACUGCUUCCAUGCGCAGACAGAAUUCGAUGGCUGUUUGGACUCUGCCGGAGGAUGAGGCUGAUAGCCAGCCUUCAAGGAAGAACAAGAAAGGCAGCCUGUCAAAGUCGCGACGUGGUGGACCGAUCAUUGAACUGGGCUUCUCCCCUGAUGGCAACAAGCUUGCCCUCAUCAGGAGGGACCUGUUAUCGAUGUAUGUGCUUGACUUCAGAAGCGGUGAGACGAUGUGUUUGUCAGAGCAUGGGGCACUGAAAUCCGAGUUCCGAAAGUUUGCGUUUUCGGCAGAUGGUGAACGGCUGGCGACAGUGAUGUGGAAUGGGAGGGUGCUGAUGUGGGACUUGUCUGUGGGUGGGGGUGAGGCCAGUAAGAUUUUGGGGCGCAAGGCAGAGCUGGGGUCCCUCAGGUCUGCGUCAUUGGACCCAGCCAAGGGGAUGGUGUUCUCCCGUGAUGAGGAUGACAAUGAAACAGUGGUGGUGUGCGAAGACAAUGGGUCGCUGGUGUGGCUAAGCACGGAGAAGUGCAUGAUGCUCGACCGGUUUGAGAUGGUGGGUCCCAAGGACUGCAGGGCAUGCGUGUUUAAGCCUGAUGGGUCCUUGGCUGCCAUUGUCCCAGGGGACAAGGAUGUGAUCAUACUUUUCGAUCUGGUGCAGCGCUCAAAGCAGUCAAAGAUCGUGUCCUUCCACUGCGCUCCAGAUGGGCUGGCACCGUACCCAAGCAACAUCGCUCACGAUGGCAGCUUUGCUGUCGUUGGGUGGGAUGAGAAAGCGAUGAAGCCAGUGCUGCAGUGGUCAGACACAGAUAAGAGUGACAGGCAUGGCUUGCACAAGGUGGCUGAGCACUUGGCGAUUUCAGACGACAACACGUGGAUGGUAGUGGAUGACAACCCUACACAUGGUGAGGGAGAUUUUCCACAGCACUGGCAGACAGCAAGCUCACAGGGCAAAACGAAGCUUGUGGUGAUGCAGUUGUUUGGGGCAGGAGAACGGAAGAGCCUUGAGACUCGUGCCAUCAAAUACGCAGAGAAGAUUGCGAUCUCUGCUGGGGGCAGGCGCAUCGCCUGUGCUGGAGAUGGGACGCGGGUUGUGGUUUGGACGCCAUGUGCAACGAAGGGCUGCAUCCCAGAGUAUCAUUCACUCUGCUCAGGCGAUUUUCUGCACAGGGAGAAGAGCAUAACCAGCAUUCUCAAGAAGUACGGUGCCGCUGUGCUGAACAUCCCAGAUGCCAAUGGCAUGUCUUUCUUCAUGCACGCCAUUGAGGACAAGAACGUCGAGUUUGUCAGGGGAGCCUUGGAGUAUGCAGAGAAGCGGAACACAUUGGUGUCCCUAACCUCAAACCCGUUUGGUUUGGAAGAUGUGCCAACCAAGAGCGCACUCGAGAUCGCUUUUCAGCGGCACUCCUCUGAGAUCGCGAAAAUGUUGAUCAAAACGAUGACCACCCGUGUGGUUUCGAGCACAGCAAUGGCCGGGUUCCUGCACAAGUCCCUCGUUCCACUUGGCCGUGCCGUUCCAUCGCUCGUGGUCGAUGCCAUCACUGCUGACGGCAUGCCAACAGCCAUAGGCGUGCUGCAGGUUCCGGAAGACGUUUUCCAGAGGACCUCCAGUGUCGUGGCGACGUCUAAUGUGUUCUCAACGCCCAUGAACUCUCUCCAGCACCUGUGGGGACACCUCCACAAGCCCACACAGCUGACAGUGGGAAAAUUCGAGGUUGCGACAGUGGCCAAGGUCUUUCCAUACCCCGAUUGCUGCCAACUUGGCAUGAGGGGCCUUUUGAGACCCUUGCUUGUGUCAACGAAGGUCCCAGAUCGUGUGUUUGCAUCGAAGCUGGUGCAUGCUGUAGUGCAGUAUAAGUGGCAGAAGUACGCCGGCAGGUUGUUUGCACAUGAGCUGGUUGUCUACCUGACCUAUGUGAUGCUGUUCACCAUCUACGCCAUUCUGCUGGGGCACAAGAACAAGGAUCCCGAGAAUUUCGAGGAUGUGAUUGCAGACUCCAACGGUGCAGUCCAGGGCAUGUGCCUCUUAUUGUGCGCUGUGAUGGGGCUGGUCAACUUGCACUGGAAAGUGAAUCAAAUAACGACACUGGCGAUCGAUGGCAAGAACCACGGAUUCAGUGGCCUGUGGUACUGGUUCUCGUCGGGUUGGAACAUGCUGGAUCUGCUGUCAUCUCUUGUGACAGCCUUCGCGCUCCCUGCGGUGCAUUUCUGUGCAACAAACGAGGAGCUUGGCGAGGCAGAGUCGUGGCUGGCCUCUAUCACCCUGCUGGCACUGUGGUGGAGGCUGCUGUACUUUGCCCAGGCCUGCCGGGGCAUUGGGCCUGUGGUCAUCAUGGUUUUCGAAAUCCUGAAGGACAUGACCAUCUUCAUUGCUUUGCUGGCGGUCAUGAUCUUCGGCUUCUCCACAGCUUUCUUCAUCUCUUUCCGUCAUGACUUGGUCCUCCUGGACGUGAGGGAAAGCUUUGGCACCUUUGGCAGGUCUUUGUUGACCACGUUUGGGAUGAUGUUGGGCGAGUUCGACAUGCCCAUAUUCUACGAGACGCCCUCAUACGUGAUCACACUCUCCAUAUUUGUGGUGUACAUGACAGCCAUGACUAUUGUGCUGCUCAACCUGCUGAUUGCCCUCAUGACCGAUACCUAUGACAGGGUAAAGGGUCGACAGGACAUUUGCUCUGUGAAGGCCCGGGCCACUGUCAUUGACGGUUUGGAGAGCAGUUUGUCUACCUUCCUGGGAACAAAGACAAAAAUCGAGCGUGAGGUCUCCCGCUUCCUGCAUGUCAUCGAGCCACAAGGAGGGUCCACCCAGCCACCUAAUUACCACACCCACUGGCCGGGAAGGAUCGCAGAGCUUGAGAACCGCUUCAAGCGAGCACUCGAUGAAAGGUGCAGCGAAAUGACAGCCAUGAUGAAGGAGAUUAAAGGCGACAUUGGAGGCAUGGACGACAUGGUGAGGCAGCAACUGGUGGAGGCGGUCGCGGUGCUGCAAGAACAGAUGGAACAACAGCGGUGA